AUGUUCCUGAUGUCAACCUCUUCAGAGUUAAACAGUGGGCAGAACUUCUUAACCCAGUGGAUGACCAAUCCUUCUCGGGCUGGGGUCAUAUUAAAUCGUGGAUUUCCUAUUUUGGAAGCCGAGGAAGAGAAGCGAGCAAAUGUGAACAUUUCUACCAGCUUUCCUAUUAAACCCACAGAUUUUUCAAAUAGCUUCAGCUUUUUAAGUGAAGAAGAUUCACUUCAUGAAGAACAGAAGUUGGAGCCCAACAGCCCUUAUAAGUUACAAACAGAUAAAUCUGAAACACAGAGAGUCUUUCCUCCAACUAAAGAGGGAACACAAAUAGUGGCAUGUGAGCAUGCUCCUGGACACUGGGAGGAUCACAAAAAUGACUUUAUUUCAGAUCCUGGGAGUGAAUUCAAAGAAGUGGCUUAUAAAGACCCACUUUUUAAAAAGCUUGAACAGCUGAAAGAAGUACAACAGAAGAAGCAGGAACAACUGAAGAGGCAACAGUUAGAGCAACUGCAAAGGCUCAUGGAGGAACAGGAGAAGCUGCUCACCAUGGUGUCUGGGCAGCAUACACUCCCAGGUUUAACUCUAGUGCCUGAUGACCAGAGCCAGAAGUACAGAUCUCCAGGAAAUUCAGCCACUGUAGAGAAACCCACGCCCUUCUUACCAUCAUAUAUCUACCAGAAUCAAACCCAAGAAAAAAAACACACUUCCAACAUUUUAUCCGAUGAACAAAACAACUUCCGUAGAACUACUCAUCAAGAUUUUGUCUUAACUUCAAAAAGUGGUGCUUCUCCCAACUUGUUUUAUGAGGCUCAAUAUCAAGAAGCACUUGUGAAAAAAAAUGAUUUGAAGGAAGAGAACCAUAACCAUCCUAAAGGAGAAGGUAUUUUACCAUGUUCGGAGAACAUGACGGAAGAGAUUCAGGAAGGGAACGAUACGAACUUAAAAAAAAUUGGUGAUUCCUCAGAAGUGGUUAAUAUUGAAGAAAGGCCUAUUAAAGCUGCUAUUAGAGAAAGGAAACAAACCUUUGAAGACUACUUAGAAGAACAAAUUCGGUUGGAAGAACAAGAACUGAAACAAAAACAGCUAAGGGAAGCAGAAGGAUCCUUGCUAAUCAAAGCAAAACCAAAACAACCAUUCUUAAAACGAGGAGAAGGUUUAGCUAGAUUUACUAAUGCUAAAUCUAAGUUUCAGAAGGGGAGAGAAAGUAAACUAGUCACUACUCAGAGCAUUUCAGAGGACAAACCUGUGUUUAAAUUAGAUAAACAACAAUUCCAGCGGAAAACUGCUCUCAUAAAUAAAGAACUGUGUACAGAGAACCCUCCUGUCAAAAAGAACAGUAAAACCAGAACAAAGAGUGGUUGUGUCACACUCAGUCAGAAGCCGAAAGUGCUUAAGGGUAACAACAGGAAAAGUCUCUCUCCAGCAGGAUUGAAGAUACUGGCAGGGAAGAAAUGUGACGGGCAAUUUAGAGGUCAGAUCAAUUUAGAAAAAAAGGUAGAAUCUAAUAAUAAAGAAAAUGUACCCGAGUGUACAAAACCUUGUGACGUUGGUUGCAAAAUCUGGAAUAAGACACAAGGUAAAGACAGACUUCCCCUUUCGACAGGGCUGGCCAGCUGCGUGGCUUCUAAGAGCCCAGUAAGUGAGACUUCGAAAGAGUCAGAGUCUUCUCUUGACAUUUCUCUUCAGAAAAAGUUAGAGAAUUGGGAACGAGAAAAGGAAAAGGAAAAUUUGGAAUUAGAUGAAUUUUUGUUUUUAGAACAAGCUGCUGAUGAAAUAUCAUUUUCUAGUAAUUCCUCAUUUGUACUGAAGAUCUUAGAGAGGGACCAACAGAUCUGCAGAGGUCACCGGCUGUCUUCUACUCCUGUCAAAGCUGUGCAGCAAGAGAAGACAACACCACCAGGUCCCAUGAGGGAGUGCAAGCAAAAUGAGGAUCCAGACCGUACCAAGUGUGAAAGUCAGGGUGAGUGUGAGCUUGCACCCCAACGGCCUGAUUCGGUGUCCUCACCUGACGGACCGCAGGAGCAGUCCUGUAAGGUCAGUAGGAAAGUGUUCCAAAUGAGCACUUGUGAAAGUCCAACUAGGUGGCAUGCAAGCGACGACGGAGGUGGUACAGACAGUGAUGAUAGCACUGAUUCUGAGGAACAGCUUGAUGUCACCAUAAAACCAUCAACUGAGGAUAAAGAAAGGGGUUUCAGCAGCAGAGAAGAUAGUCCACAAGUCUGUGAUGGGAGGGGACCUUUAAGGGACACCAGGACUCAAGAAGAAGAUAAGAGGAGAGAUGUUGAUUUAGAUUUGUCUGAUAAAGAUUACAGUAGUGACGAGUCUAUCAUAAUAGCAAGCUUGAAAAAUAAAGCUUCUGAUUCCUCAAGAAGACACCCAUCUAUGAGUAAAAUUGACUUUGAUGAUGAAAGAACUUGGACUGACCUUGAAGAUGAUUCAUUUAAACAUGAUGUUAUUCUUGGGAAUGAAGCCGUUUAUGGGACUCCCCAGACAACCUACCCUAAUAAGAGUGAAAUAUGUGUACUGGACAAAACAAUAAAAAGGAAGGUUGCACCAGUCAAGAAGGGAGAAGGCUUGAAUAAAUCCAGUAGGAGCACAAGUCCUCCUCCUACCUCGGAUCUGAUGAUGAAAUUCUUCCCUUCUUUGAAACCAAAAUCAAAAUCAGAUUCACGCUUGGGAAAUGAACCCAAGUUAAACAUAAAUCAAGACCAACCACCUGGUGACAACGCUCGAUCUCAAGUUUUGAGAGAGAAAGUUAUUGAAUUGGAAACAGAAAUAGAAAAAUUUAAAGCUGAGAACACAUCUUUAGCUAAACUUCGCAUUGAACGAGAAAGUGCCUUGGAAAAACUCAGGAAAGAAAUUGCUGACUUUGAACAACAGAAAGCAAAAGAAUUGGCUCGAGUAGAGGAGUUUAAAAAGGAGGAAAUGAGGAAAUUACAAAAGGAACGCAAAGUUUUUGAAAAGUAUUCUACAGUUGCGAGAACUUUUCCGGAUAAAAAAGAACGUGAAGAAAUACAAGCUUUGAAGCAGCAGAUAGCAGAUUUACAGGAAGAUUUGAAAAGAAAGGAAGCAAAAUGGUCCAGUACACAUGGCCGUCUUAGAAGCCAGAUAGAAAUGUUGGUCAAAGAGAACACAGACCUCCGGGAGGAAAUAAAAGUGAUGGAACGAUUCCGACUAGAUGCCUGGAAGAAAGCCGAAGCCACUGAGAGCAGCACCAGGAUGCGUCAGUGUGUGACGGCCUCGAGAAGAGACGGGUCCACGAAGUCAUCAGUUCGAUUUCAAAAGAGUCAAGUUUCUUCAGGAACCCAGGUAGAAAAGUACAAAAAAAACUAUUUGCCAACACAAGGCAAUCCAUCUCGAAGAUCCAAGUCUGUGUCUCGUGAUUUAGGAAAUUCGGAUAAGGGACAAAUAGCCUCACCCAGGGAUCCACCUGAACAAGUGAACUCUCCAGAUCCUGAAUGUAAAGAAGAGGAUGAAAAAGAAGAAAAAGAAGAAAUUCAGGGAGAAAUCAGCCAUCCUGAUGGAAAGAUAGAAAAGGUUUAUAAGAAUGGGUGCCAUGUUAUAUUGUUUCCAAAUGGAACCCGAAAAGAAGCGAGUGCAGAUGGAAAGACGGUCACUGUCACUUUCUUCAACGGUGAUGUCAAGCAGGUCAUGCCGGAUGGGAGAGUGAUCUACUACUAUGCAGCCACACACACCACCCACACCACGUACCCAGAAGGACUGGAAGUCUUACAUUUCUCAAGCGGACAGAUAGAAAAGCAUUUCCCAGAUGGAAGAAAAGAAAUCACGUUUCCUGAUCAGACUAUCAAAAACUUGUUUGCCGAUGGGCAAGAAGAAAGCAUUUUCCCAGAUGGUACAAUUGUCAGAGGGCAACGAGAUGGCAACAAAAUCAUAGAGUUUAAUAAUGGCCAAAGAGAACUACAUACAGCCCAGUUCAAGAGACGGGAGUAUCCAGAUGGUACUGUUAAAACUGUGUAUACAAAUGGUCUUCAAGAAACCAAAUAUUCAUCUGGUCGAGUAAGAGUUAAAGACAAGGAUGGUAAUGUUCUAAUGGACACAAAACUGUCAUGA